GCCACUGGAUGGUUUUUCGAGAGUGAAACUAGUUUAGUUUAUCAUUUUCAAGAAGAAGAACAGUCAAGCGACAGCCAACUCUCUGAAAACUGAAGUUUGGAAGAAUUUGUAAAGCCAACAUGUUUCGUGUCAAACAAACAAUUUUCGCCAUGUCAGCAUCGCAUCGAAGAUUUUUAUGGUUAAAAAUUUGGGAGUCUUUAAGACGCAUUCCAAUUAUUCCACACUUGACAUCCUAUAUUCGACGCUCGUCCAUUCUCCUAUUUUCGUUAUACUUUAGUUUUCUUUUCACCGGAUUCAUCAUCAGCAUUUCUAAGCCAACAGCUAUCGUGUAUCGCGGAAAUGUUAAAGCACCGACAUUUCAACCGCAAUUGAUUGGUGAACUCUGCGAAUCGGAAUCUCUAGGUGCUGAAAAACGAAUCUUUUUUAUUGAAAGUUCAGGAGAGAAAUGUCUUCGACCACGGCAAGCUUGCGCCAUCGAAUCAGCUGCUCGCACCAAUCCAGACAUGAAUAUUUACGUACACAUGGCUCUCUAUCCUGCACCCGGAAGUCCGGAAAUGGAAGGGGGAUACGGCCUCAAUGCACAUUGCCAGAUGAUGGAUAUCCUCACCAAACAGUUUCCCAACGUAAAAAUUAUUCGUGAAGAUUUGACACGACAUUUUAUAGGAACUCCGCUAGAGGCGCUUUUGCAAAGUGGCGCACUUGAAAAAAGCAAAUUCGCGUAUCAACACCUGAGCGAUGCUGUGCGGAUUGCUAUGCUCCAUAAAUCUGGUGGAAUUUAUCUCGAUCUGGACGUCAUUACCUUACGCUCGUUGAACUGUUUGCGGAACACUGCUGGAGAAGUGCGUUCUGCGGAAUACAAAGCUGGCAUUGAAAACGGAGUUUUGAUUUUCGACAAAGGCCACGAAUUGCUCAAUCAUUACAUGCGUCUCAUACCACAGAUUUACGACCCUUCGAGCCGAGAAUGUAUUGGACCUCAUGGAUUGCUGAAAGCUGCUGGAGAAUUUUGCGGAUUUGGCAUUUGCGAAGGUUGUGAUUUCGGUCAGCUUUGGAUUUGUCGUAACAAUUGGAACAUAACUGUUUUAUAUACGGAAGCAUUUUAUCCAAUUCCAUUUCGAAAUCGAAUUCGUUUUUACGAACCUACCUUUCCUCUUUCAGAAUUGGACAAUUUGCAAACGAGUUAUCUCGUUCAUGUUUACGGAAGUGGACAUGGAGCGCAAGUAUCUCAUUCCAGUCUGUACGGAUUCUUAGCCCAACGCUUUUGCCCUUCCGUUUACACAGUCAGCAGUCAAUCUCGUGUUUUUAAUUUUUGAUCGAUUAAAUUAUUUCUCUGAGUGUUGUACCCCCUUUAUAUUUCAAUAAAUUUCUAUAAAACAUAAA